UGCCCUGAGCAGAUGCAUACUGUGCAGUGUUCCAGGGGGUUGCAGUUGAAGGACCUAGGGAAUGCUGGAGUUCUGUGCAGGGAGGUGUCGAGAGGUCUGUGUGCAUCUGACUAUUGUGAGCUGUCUUCCCCUAUUGGCUCUGAAGAGCCUAUGCUGAGCUGGGUCUGCAUGACAGGGGGAGGCUCUGUGUCAAUAAAAAGCGGGGGAAACAGGCACCAGAAGUACAGUUCUGAGGAGGACCACGCUGCCCAUUUGCAGCCCCUGUCGCUGCUGCACUGAGAAAGGCUGCUCUGGAAGGAAAGAUCUCUCCUCUGACCCCAGGGACAAGACCAUUCUGAGCCUGGACCUCCUCUGUCAUCUGAAAGCAUACCUUUUAUGGGAAGGUGAGAAGCUUUUCAAGGACAAAGAGACAAACAGAGGUCAUUUAUCUCCAAGCACUCAGCGCAGAUAAAGUCUGCGUGGGGUAGUCGGUACAGGAGCGGGAGGUGUUUCCAGAACAAAAUGGAGUGGCAGGUCUUGAUGCUGAUUUUUUGCCUCAGCACAUUUCCCUCAGUCUCUGCGAACUGCCCAGCUCAAUGCUCCAUGUGUGCUGUGCAAACUCAAAACCUGGAUAAGCCCAUCAACCCGCUGACGUGUUUCCUGGAGUGUCAGACCAUGCUGACAUCUAACACAGAAUGGGAGAAGUGUAAGAGCUUUCUGUCGCUAUUCACUCCUUUUAUGCUGGGCCUUCGUGGGAAAGGGGAGCUUGGAGGCACAUCAAUGACCUCUGAAGAGCUAUAUGAUGAGCAGGCUAAGCCCUACCCGGAGCUCACCAAGGCCAUGGAGAAGUUUGUCAAUGUCCUGAUGCAGGAGAACGCCCACAGCAGAGGCCCGAGCUACAAAUACGGGGGAAUCCUCCCCAAGCUUGGUGAACGGGCUGUAUCCGAGAUGAUGGAAGAUCCGCCGCAGUACCACAGAGCCUUGGAGACCGGAGAGCUGGGCUACCCUAGCGAGGACGUGGCAGUCGCUUCUGCAGGAAUUCCAAAGGAUGAGAUGAAACGCUACGGAGGCUUCCUGCGCAAGUAUCCCAAGAGGAGCUUCGAAGUGGCCGGGGCCGGCGAUGGCCAGGAACAGGAAGACUUGCACAAGCGCUACGGGGGCUUCAUGCGAAGGAUCCGCCCCAAGCUCAAGUGGGACAAUCAGAAGAGGUACGGAGGCUUCCUUCGGCGGCAGUUCAAAGUGGUGACUCGGUCGGAGGAAGAUCCCAGUGCCUACUCAGGGGAAGUCUCCGGCCUAUAGAGCUUCCCCUCAGCCCUCAGCAGAAAAGAGCUUGGAGCUGAUCUACUUCUUGUCUGGACUAAUUACAUCAUACCUAUAUUCUGUGCUUGGCUGCGUAUUUUAUACAGAAGGAAGAUCUGAGGCCACUUCAGUGGUACCCAGUCCAUCCAGGUCCAAGCAGUGUCUAUGUUUGAGGUUAGCAGCAGGGAGAGGCAUGUCGGGUUUAAUUUCAUCUUCCAUUCAUUUCUGAAUCUCUCUGCAAUGGAACUGAAAUUCCUUAUCCUUGUGGUACCAAAACAGACUGACACAGACAGACAGACAAUAAACAAAAGCAUCCUGACACCCCGCACAUCAGUGGAUUUUUAUCUUUUUUUUUUUUUCUCCAGGAAUACUUUAUGUGUAAGGAACCAAUGUGUCUUUCUCCUGUACAAAGCUCAUUAACAGACUUUAAUGACAGUGUAGCCGCUGUGUCUCUGGGCUACAUCUCCUAGAUGAUUGGGCCAAAGAGUGUCUUUGUACUUCACUACAUGGCCCCCUGAGAAAGAAUUUUCAGGCUCCAGCUCUUCUUGCCCCCAAAUACUUCUGGGAAAUAUAGUCCAAUAGAAGAGUAAUUGCUUCCCCCGGCACUCUUACAUAUAUAAUUCCUGAAUUCCAGGUAACCGAAGUGAUUGAGUCCUCUAAAGAAUAUAUUCUAAAUACCCUCUAUAGAAUGCUAGGGCCUGUGCUGUCCUCUACCAUUUAUCCAUCUCCUCAACAAACAUUUAAGACCUAAUUUGUGCAGCACCUGUUAUGGGUGCUGGAAUAGAGGCAAAUUUAAGCAAAUCAAUGUCCCUAUCCUCAAGGAGCUCAUAUUCAUCAACAUAUGAAUUCCUGCUCUACUCUUUGUUAGUGCUCAUCCCAAGACCUUUCCCUUAAUUUAUUCUCUGAUGGGAAAAGAGUCUUGACAUUCUUUGAACCUUGUAUGGUUCUGUUUAAAAACACAUCCUUGAAUAAUGAGCUCUUUCUCUUCCUCUUCCCCAGACAAUUAAUAGGGGAAAAGGAUCCUGAAGAAACGACAAUUUUUAUUACCAAUAAUAAUGUUGAUUGAAGGGACACUGAAUGAAUCAGUAACAUGCGAAAUAUGUUUCCUUAAAUAUUUAUGUAAAAUUGAAUAUGAAUAGGGAAUUUAUGCUUGGAUCAAGACCCAUUCUGAGUUCCAAAACUUUAAGGGAAAGAUUCAACAAACUUAAAAUGCAAACCUGUUCCCUUGGCCCUCGUUAGUCUAAUUAAAAUGAUCAGCAUCCUUCUUCUACCCGAGAUGAACUGUGGUGGAUUCAGACUGAUGAGGUGAGGAAUGAUCAGCCACUUGAGUCACUGUAUCAGCUGCUGAGAGCCCACACCAUAUGGUCCGCCAUAUGCGAUUGACUUGGACUGAGGCCGUCUAGAAGCAACAGAUAGAAAAUGAAAGAAUGCCUUAAUGACCACCCUUCCCAACCAGCAUCUCGAAAACAAACAAAUCUGGUGAUGAAACAAUUCAAAAGUCAAAUCGGCUCCCUAGGUACCUCAGAAUGAUGGCAGUUAACCUUACAAAGCUGUAGCAUUGAGAACCAUAGGAGGUAGAUGGAAUCCUAGAAUCUCAAAGAAGGAAGGGAUCAUGGAAGCCAUCUAACCCAAUUCCUUACCUGAAGCAUAAACUCUCCACUUGAAUACCUCUGCUGACAUGACACUCACUAUCUCUCAAAGUAAUACAUUUCACUAUUGGACAAUUCUGAAUGCUAGAAAGUUCUUCCUUAUUUUAAACCCCAAUUUGCCCUCUAAUACCCUCCUCCCAUAAUUUGGCCCUAGAUUUUCCUCCUGGAGCCAAGGAGAACAAAUCAAAUGCCUCUUCUUAAUGAUAGUCCUUCUGAUAUCUGGGGCUAAUGAUCUUGGAUUUUGAUGUAUGAUAUAAAAUGCAGCCUAGCACAAAUAUUCAUCCACAGCCAUUAAGUCUAUUGUGAUGUUCCUAAUGUACAGAUUGUUUUGUUUUCUUUAAAAGAAAUUCAGUUUACAUGACUAAGCUGGCGCCUGAUCUGUCUGAAAUGGGAUAGUAUCAUGCCCCGCCCUCUUUUCUUGUGUAUUAUAAAUAAAAUGAAGAUGCUAAUGA